CUCCUACUCUUCUUCUGCGUUUCCUCCACGACAGACAUAUCAGUGUGUGUGUUAGUACUCUUCCAUGCCAUUGACAGUCUUGUGUGUGUACAGCUACUAUAGCUUACACUUACUUUUACACGAAAUUGAUGAGGCUGGUUGCCCCCUCUAUUCGGACUAAGCUACACGUUAGCGGCCGGUAGCGAACGUUGCCUGUAAGUUGACGACCUCUUUAUUCAAACUUGACAUGCUUUGCUAACGUGAACUCAUCCAGCUGAUGAAGGUAGACAGACAAAGCCUCUCCGGGUUAACUUUUACGGACUCCAAGUGAGUCAGCGGUUGCUUUGUCAAAUGUUUCGGGAUCUGGUGAUGGUUUCCCAUUAUCUGUUUGGCUAAGUGAUCGUCGCCCGUCGAGCUGUUAAAGCUGAAGUAUUCAAGUGGCCUCAGUCAACCUGGAUCAGUCUGGAUGAAAUGUCCUCUUGUAUCAGUCAUGCUGUGUUUAGGUGUUUUAGAGCACACAGAGCAUCGUAAGAACUUCCAGUUAGUUUGUGUUUUUUUUUUAGUAAAGUCCCCUAGUUUAAAAAGUAAAGUCCCCUCGUCACUAAAAUAUAAUUUGUGGUAUUGUACGGUAUUGUCUCGGUUCUCUCUCUCUCUCUCUCUCUCUCUCUCUCUCUCUCUCUCUCUCUGUGCCAUUGUCAGAGAUGAGAAAAGUAAAAGUACUUGUGAAAAAAAACUGUUUGGUAAGUAAAAGUAUUCAUUUAACUAAUUACUCAAGUAAAAAGUACAGGCUCUGAAAUGUACUUAAAAGUAAAAAGUACUUUUACCAGAUUCUUCUUUCUGUAAACAAUAGAUGCAUUCAGAGCAUUCUCUUCUCUUCUUCAUUCCUUGUGUUGCCUUCUCCACUUUGUUCUUCACUGUGCCACCAGACAUGACAACAACUCCUUGGUUGAAGGUGAUGCACAAGAGUUUUAAAUCCUGGCUGUUUGACUCCACUCAGAGGUUGCAGACCUUGAAUAACAAAGUUGAUAAUGUGAUAAUGGCAUCAUCCACUCUUCUCUGUGACACCCUCUCAGUAUCCUUCAGUUUAAGCUGCUUGGCAGAAGGAGCAGAAGGACCUUCCUCUGGCUCCAAUGAUUGUCUCUUGAGAGUAGUGAGCUUCAUGUAUUUCUCUAGCUGAUGUUAAAGCUUUCUCUAGAAGUGACAAAGAAUGGUCACUUCACAUGACCACUUGCCAGUUUGUAUGGCGAGUAGUCAUGUGAAAUGCAACGCUUGAAAGAUGAGAGUGGUCUUGCUGAAAAAGGAAUUUGUUUGGAUGGGAGUUUAUGAUGUUGAAACCUUGACAGAUGAAGGUCAGACUUGCCUCACAAGAACUUGUUGUCCUUAAAGAUCACUUCACUGAUGGGAAGACUGAGCAAGGGAGGGUUUUAACCAGAAUAUGAUGGAUAGUUAUCACCAACCCUUACUAUUUCUACAAACUGUCUCUUUAAAUACAUGGUACACACUAAGGUGAUAGGAGAUCUCAUAAAAGGUCAGAUUUAUGUGUUUAAAGUUUGUUUUCUGGAGACCAAGCAGCCAAGUAAGCACAAAAGUACUCAGUGACAGAAAGGCAAGUAAGUCUGUUGUUGGUGAACGAUGAACAGCAAAUGCUUUGCUCAUACAUGGUCAUGAAAUGGUGAAUCUCUUUAUCAGAAUCUGAUCAGUCUCUUUCAUCACAUUUUGUGGUUGGUCAGCUUUUUCUUUGUGAACUAAAUGUGCCUCACUUGAAAACUUGCCAUCUCCUCUUUUCCCUCAGGUGUCACUCAUUGUCUCUAGAAAUCACCAUACUACAAGCUUGUGAUGUAGUUAUUGCACUGUAGGACAUCAUUCCUUAACCACAGCCAUGGAUGAGGACACUCAAACCUUGAAGCCCAGACAGAUCCAGAAUCAAAAUGUUGUCCAUCGUCUCGAGAGGCGAAGGAUCUGUUCAGGGCGACCUGGGGCUCACUGGUACAGAGUGCGUUGUUUCCAUCAGAACCUUUUCCCCAACUUCACUGUGGUCAAUGUGGAAAAGCCCCCCUGCUUCCUGAGAAAAUUCUCACCAGAUGGACGUUGUUUCAUUGCCUUUUCCUCUGAUCAGACAUCUCUGGAGGUAAGAAGAAAAAAGAGCCUGACUAUUUUUAUUUCCUCUAUCUUUUCUCUUAUAUUUUUUAUCCACCUUCUUCUUAACCUUAGUGAUGCUCUGUAUGAAUUGUGGGUAUGUCCUUUGGGCUGUUCUGCGCCUGAACACAAAACUGGUAUUUUCCAUAGCAACAGGAUGCUUAUCCUGAUUAUUUGGGUAAUUUGGAAAUAAAAAAGGGAGCAUCAUCUCUUUACACCUCAGGAGGAAUAAUGUGAUCAUUCAUCUGCCUUCUACUGCCAAGGAGUGAGAGGAUAAUAUGAAGAAAUGUCCUUGGACAACUCACAUUGGCGUAUUUAGCUUCUUUAUUUUGUUGCUACAGACAGCGAAGUAAUGAGUAACCUAAAAAGCUCUGCUGCAUAUCAGCACUCAAAGCACUUAUAGAAGUCCACCCUAUUACAUCAAUAUCACUGGAUUGUUUUAAUACAGUUCGUAAUCAAUUUAUCAUCCUCACAGCCGUAACUUAAUUUGUUAUAGUGUUGCUUAGGUUCCACACAGAUAGUAGCAUAUAUUGCUGACAAAUGACAAUCUAUCCAUGAGUAGAACGAUUAUCCUGACAUCCUCCUAUCACCUAAAAUCACUCUGUUCCUGAUACCAGCCAUGCUCCUUCUGGUCUCCUCGACUGUAGGAAGGUAAUAGAACUUGAUCGCUUUUUGUCUUGGGCUCAUGUUCAGACCACGGAAACGAGAUUUCAUCUAGUCUGAGUUUUGUGGACCGGAACAACACAACCAUAAAUGAAGUGGACUGUGUUAUAAAAAAAAAAAGACUAUCCAAGGUUACGCACCAUUGUAAACCACAGGGAAAUCCUUAAAGGGAUAUUCCGGUGUAAAAUUAAGUUGGGGUCAAACACAUCGUAACACUGAGUCAGACAACCCGUUGAGAGAUGAAUGUUGCUGACUGCUUGCUUCUCUACUUAUACCAACUUUACUAACGACUGCACAAUAGCAAAACACAGUGGUCCCGGGUGCUGUUCUGAGCAUUAUUAGUGGCUAUGGAGUUGUUUUUUGGUUGAGCUUGUGCUUCCUGAGACCGCUGUGUAUUGCUAUCUGCGGUCGUUACUAAAGUUACACAACAUACCUUUUUUUUUUUUUUCCAAAUGUUUCAAAUCUUCUAAUCCCAGGCUUCUUCUUUCUGCAGAUAUAUGAAUAUCAGGGCUGCCAAGCUGCUCAGGACUUGUUAAGAGGCCAAGAGGGAGAGACUCUGCUGACCGCCAAUGACCAGCGCUCACUCAAUAUCAGGGGCCGCCUCUUUGAGCGCUUUUUCUCCUUACUCCAUGUUACCAAUGUGGCAUCAAAUGGAGAACAUCUCAACCGGGAGUGCAGCCUUUUCACAGAUGACUGCCGCUACGUUAUUGUUGGCUCAGCUGUGUAUGUCCCAGAAGAGCCGCCGCCUUACUUCUUCGAGGUACUGACAAAGUGGAACUUGCUGUCAAUUCGUAAUUAAAAUCAGAUUUAUUUUAACUUCCAUUUAUUAUAAUUGUACCUCCAGAGUGUUAGGCUGCCCCAUAUUCCAUUUCCCACCAGGUGUAUCGGAAUAACGAAUCUGUCACUCCGAACCCCCGGUCGCCUUUAGAAGACUACUCUCUGCACAUCAUUGACCUCCACACUGGCAGGCUGUGUGACACCAGGUCUUUUAAGUGUGACAAGAUCAUCCUGUCCCACAACCAAGGCCUCUACCUGUACAGAAACAUCCUGGCUGUGCUGUCAGUCCAGCAACAGACCAUACAUGUGUUUCAGGUAAAGCUCUUACUGUGAAAAUCUGUAUCUUUUACAGAACUCAAUUCCAUUGAAGUUGGGAAAUUGUGAUAAACGUAAAUAACAGAAUACAAUGAUUUGCAAAUCCUUUCGACCUAUGUUUAACUGAAUACACUACAAAGACAAGAUAUUUAAUGUUCAAACUCAUAAACUUUAUUAUUUUUUUUGCAAAUAAGAAUUUUCUCAGAAUUUCAUGGCUGCGACACGUGCCAAAGUAGUUUGGACAGGGGCAUGUUUACCACUUUGUUACAUCACGUUUCCUUUUAACAACACUCAAUAAACGUGCUGCUUAUGUGCUGUGAUUUCUCCAGACUCUCUGAACCUUUUGAUGAUAUUAUGGACCAUAGAUGUUGAAAUCCCUAAAUUCCUUGCUAUUGUACUUUGAGAAACAUUCUUAAACUCUUCGACUAUUUGCUCACACAGUUGUUCACAAAGUGGUUAAACUCGUCCCAUCCUUGCUUGUGAAUGACUGAGAAUUUUUGGGGAAGCUGCUUUUAUACCCAAUCAUGGCACCCACUUAUUCCCAAUUAGCCUGCUUACCUAUGGGAUGUUCCAAAUAGGUGUUUGAUGAGCAUUCCUCAGAUUUCUCAGUAUUUUUUGCUACCGUUCCUGACUUCUUUGUCACAUGUUGCUGCCAUGAAAUUCUGAGUUAAUUAUUAUUUGCAAAAAAAUAAAGUUUAUGAGUUUGAACAUUAAAUAUCUUGUCUUUGUCGUGUAUUCAAUUGAAUAUAGGUUGAAAAUGAUUUGCAAACCAUGAUAUUCUGUUUUUAUUUAUUUUUAUCACAAUUUCCCAACUUCAAUGAAAUUGGGUUUUGUAAUUAAGGGUUCAGGCUUGGAGUUUUUUAAAGGGAUAUUUCAGUGUUUUUGAUGUAAGGUUGUUUGAGUUAUGUAUCACAAGUCACAAUUAAGGCUGGUCUGCUAGACUUGAGCAAAUGAUGAGUGCUUUGGUCAGCGUCUCUCAAAAUGACCCAAACUUUAGUGGCAGUCCGCCAGAACUGCUGAAAAUGUCUGCAACAUAUCUAGUGUCCUGUUUCUGCAAGCAGUUUCUCAGUAAAGGGGCCGAACUGACCAACAUCCAUUGUGGCUAGUACACUUUCUUGUGAUGUGUAAUACAGCCUCAUGUCUAGUAACAUUAUUGAACAAGAACAUUGGUUAAAACCAUGAAUUUUCAUAGUUGCUUGUCACUAACAACAGCCCUUUGUGUGCCUGUGCUGUUUCUUAAUGUGUGUUCUAAAACUUAGCAGGUCUAAAUCAAACAUCCGGACAGGAUUUGCUUGAACAUAAUUAGCUUAUCGCAAAAAACUAGUAGAGCAAUGUUACUGUGGCUGUGUGCAGCAAAUGCAUCAUUAUCCUCAGGGUCAAUCAAUCAAAUAAAUUUUAUUUAUAUAGCGCCAAUUCACAACAGUUGUCAUCCCGAGACGCUUGCCUAAGACAGGUCUAGACCACGCUCAUUGUUUGAUGAGUUAUCAAGUCCCAACCUUAAGAUGAGACAGAUUUGACCCGUCUCAUCUAACAUGAGUGACAGUGGCAAGGAAAAACUUAUUUUUAACAGGCAGAAACCUUGGGAAGGACCAGACUCAUGUUAGACAGCCACCAAGCCGCUGCUGGGUUAGGGAGAAAUACAGAGAGAUAGGGAGGGAGAGAGAGAGAGGAGUAGGAGAGAGGGCAGAGGGAGGGAAAGAGAACAAAGGAGAAGGAGAUAGAGAGAACGAGUAAGAGAGAGGGAGGGAGAGAGAAAAGAGAACGAGGGUGAGAGAGAGAGACAAGGGUCAGUAGCAACAUUAAAACAACAGCAACAACAACAGCUCAUGCAGAGUUGUGGUUGUAGAGCGAGUAAUGAUGAAACUAUGGAUUCAAGGUCAAAUCGUUGUCUCAGUACCGUGACGCUUUCUUUUUAGCUGUCCCAGCUUAAUUAAGACAAAAUCAUUUUGUGCUCUUCGGAAGUCAGUACCUUUUACCUUUGCUUCGAAACAAAGACGGUUUUCCAUGAAAGAUCAGAAUACCUUCUUAAAGUUGAGCCCAUCAAAGGCUGUACUUGGGUUGAUUAUUAAGUAAAAAGGCCAGGUAGCUUACUAGAGAUUUAACAGUGGCCUUUUGAAAACAUCCCACAAUUCAAAAAGAAGCCUUGAAAUCAUGCUAGCUUUGCUUAAUUUACCUACAGCACAUAUAACCACACCGUUACAUACGAUCGAGACCUGCCCUGCUGCUUUUUCUACUUAAACUUGAAACUCCUCAUCAACUGAAAUAAAUGGAUGUUGUGCUCACACUAAUUCUUGACAAACUAAAACUUACCGACAAACUAAGUCAUCCUCAGAAACGGCGAAGGAGGUUGCACUCCCAUUAAGAUAAGAUUACCAACAACUGAGGCAGAGUUAAAGAGUCCUCAAGAAAACUGUUGAUGUCAGCAGAGAGACAAUCAACAAAAAACUAUAAGACAGUUAAGAAUAAUUGUUUUGGCAAAUAUUCAAUCCUGUUGAAUUUGACGCCUUCUUGCUUGUUCACAUACUUGCUUGUGAAUGGGAUUUGAUUCACAUUCAAGGACGGGGCGAGGUUCACAACUUUGAACAACUGUGCAAGCAAGUAAUCCAACAGGUCAAGAAAGAAAUGUGCGGCACAUUACAAAGCACAAAAUAGGACAAAGGGGACCCUAGACUGUCAAGCAACUGAAGUUUCACAUGAAGUAAGAAUGGAAAAGCUUAAUCAAUUUAUGGAAGAUGUUGCAGGCUUUCAAUUCAAGAUGAGUGAAUAUUUUCAGAAAACAGUGAAGAAUCUUGUCAUCAUCAUGUAUUCAAAUGAAUAACGGUCAAAGAUUAGCAAAUCGUUGUAUUUCACGUUUUAUACAGCAUCUUCAGUUGGACUGGGCUUCGUAAUAACUCAAUCUGUGGUGUUAUCGUAACCAUCAGUGAAAAAGGAUUACCAGAGGUGUCAUCUUCUCCUUUUCACAGGUCACUGCAGAGGGAACGUUUCUUGAUGUAAGAACUAUUGGGCGGUUUUGUUAUGAGGAUGACCUGCUGACUCUCUCAGCAGUUUACACUGAGGCUCAGGCUGAGAGUCAAUCAGGCUUCCCUCGCCUGUACACCGACAAAACCAUCAACUCCCUCAAGCAUAGACUUUUGGUCUACCUCUGGAAGAGGGCUGAACAGGAAGGAGGAGCCACUGCAAAAAGGAGGUACACAGCAUCACUGUCAAGCAUUCAGUUUGCUCUUUUGUAAAUGGGAACAUACUUCAGGGCUAAAAUUUCUUCUCAGGCUUCUGUGUUUUUUCAUUUCGUUAUUUGCCCUCCACUCUGCUCCUCUGAUAAUGCAGUUUUUAUACUUACCUUAAUGGACAUCAACAGAAUUUAUCACUGAUAUCACACAUUCAGCAUUUUCCUUUAAUAGGUUCCAGGAGAUUGUGUCCAACAUAUACAGCCACAAAAACAAAGUGUUCUGCAAAACUUACUUUUUGCUUAAGUUUAAUUCAAAUAGAUAACUUUGAUAUAAUCUUUAUUCAUUGAAUUUUGAGAAAAUAUAUCAAUAUUGAUUGGUGUUAUUUUGGUGAUUCGGUGGUCUUGACAGUGCCCCAUAGACUCUCUGUGUGGCUCAGUAAGGCAAACUUCCUGACCAGUCAAAUGCAGUCAUAUGAUGGCCAGCAGACCACUUGGUAGUCGUGCUGGCAUUGUGAACCAGUACAAAUCAGCUGAUAAAGGUUUACUGCCCUCAGUGAACAGCCAAACCUUUUAGCAAUCACCCUUUGUGGCUCACCCUUCCUGAGGGGGGUUUUGUCAAAGUCAGGAGGAGCAGUCUUUGAACUUUUUUUUAGAUGUUCCAACUUGUUGAUUCUCUCUUUUAACAUUUUGUGCUGCCAUUUAGGCUCGUGCACCCUUUUACGGGCAGAGAUCCAAAUCAAGACCACGAGGUUUACGGGGUUUAUCAGGAGCUACUGAAAGCACCUGUGAUCUCCCUCAGCUGGUAGCACUUGACUGAGGCUGGAAGGCUAUUCAAGUGCAUCUCAGUGAAUGAGAAUAUCAUCAAAAAGUUGAUGUAUUUCACUUAAGUUCAAAAAGUGAAACUCGUAUAUAUUAUAUGAGUUCAUCACACUCAGACUGGUAGAUUUCAAGUGUUGAUUUCUUUUCAUUUCAAUGAUUCUGAUCCAGAGCUAAUCAAAACCCAACAUUCAGUAUCUCAGAAAUUUACAAUAGUACAUCAAACCAAUUUAAAAAAAGGGAUUGAAAACAGAGAAAAGAUGGACUACGGAAAAGAAUGAACAUGUAUAGCCGGCAGCAAUGUGACAUGGCAUGGAUGCGAUCAAUCUGUGACACUGCUGAGGUGUAAUAAACGCCCGCCCAGGUUGCUCUACGAGCAGCCUUCAGCUCUUCUGUGCUGCUGGGUCUGGUGUUCAUGGUAAGAGGAUACCUUUUGCAGCAUGUGUAAACCAGAGCCCUAAACUUAACCUCUGCUUCACCACAGCAGGAUUGCAGAGUCAGUGGAAACCGGGGUUUUGGCUGAGCAUACUUUGCUAAUCCGUUAAUCUGGUGUCUUUGAACACGGCAAAACAGCAACAGGUGCUCAUAAUGAUAUUUAAAAAGAGUAUUGAGUGAUUUAGCAGAAUAAGGAACUGAUAGUAUUAUUUCUCAAAGUUCCUGUUGGCUCACUGCUGUAAGGGAAAAUUCAUCUUCUACUUCAGGCCCUGAUUCCGAAGUUAUGAUUUUCAUGAGUUAUUCACUCAGUGAUCCAUUGAAUUUACUUAGCUCUCGAUUUUUUUUUUCAUCAGAUUUUUCCAGUUUUUUGAUCAACUGAGGAGGUUGAGGAUGUGGAAGAUGCAGCUUUUGGAUGAGCAUCACCUUUUUAUCAAAUACACCAGCGAAGACGUGGUCACACUCAGAGUUACUGACCCAUCACAGGUGAAAAACACACUCACACACACACCUAAAUGUUCUCCUUAACAUACUGGUAUGUCUGUGUUAGAGAUAAAUCAAUCAGCUGAUUUAGGCUGAUGUCACAGUCAUCUUUUCAAAAUGAGGAUGUGAUUUUUUUUUUUCUUGUUGUUGAUAUCAAGUCUGAAACAGUCAUUGGCUGGCUUUAAAUGUAAUUUCUGUGAUGAUGUUUAGAACAAUGCAGUUUAAUAUUGCAUAUGUAUAAUGCCUAAUGUGUUUCAUUGAUUCAUUAACCAAAACACGUGACUGGCUAAGACAACCGUGCAACUGAAAAACUGAUUGAUGCAUGAAUUUCUUUUGUUUUUUUUCAACCCAAGUAUUAAACACCUUCUAAUGUUUUACUUUCACUUUGUUCUUUGAUUAUCAGUCUCGGUUUUUAUGGCCAUCAGCCACAAAAACAAAAAAAUGGUGUUGGACAAGCACAAGUCUGUUCUAUGUACAGUCUGUGUUUUAUUGGGGGUCAGCAACUCAGUAGCACAGUAAUUUUGUUCAUUAAUAUAAACACUUUGUCUGUUUUUGUAAGCCUGUGUUUUAUUUUUUCAACCCUUCACCCCCUCUCUUCCUACCACAGCCGUCGUUUUUCGUUGUGUACAACAUGGUUUCAACGGAAGUGCUUGCUGUCUUUGAGAACACCUCUGACCAGCUGCUGGAGCUGUUUGAGAAUUUCUGCGACUUGUUCAGGAACGCUACGCUGCACAGUCAGGCUGUCCAGUUCCCUUGCUCCGCUUCAUCCAACAACUAUGCACGGCAGGUUCAGAGAAGGUACAGAUAAGAAAAAUCUCCUUCGUUCCUCAUAAAAUGUACAAGGAAACUGUUACAGGUAGUACUGAUACAGGUACUGGGUUGGGAAGGAGAUUAGCAACAGUUGCCUGGAGGACAAGGAGGGGUGUAGAACUAGAUGUGGUUAAAAAAGAGAUCCCUUCAGGUACGGUGGCUGUACGAGGUGUACGAGAUUUGUUGGUUGUAUUUGUCUGUGUGGUUGACAAAAUCUUUAAAGGCAGAGAGGGAGGACUAGAGAGAGGUGGGGAUUUUGAAGUGGACGAUUGAGCAUGCAAAAGAGUUGAGAGCUUGAUUAAGGAACGGUAAAACUGAAUUGCUAAACCUUUUCAAGAAUAACUAAGUGUUUUCCUACCGAGUUCAAGCAUUUGUGGCACAUCAUAGGAGUAUAUACGUUUUCUUGACUAAGUUUUCAUGCUGCAACCAGUGGGCUGAAAAGAAGAAGGCAAGUUAGCUUUUGUCAAAAAUAGCAUUAUUUAUUUCUUUUUUUUUAAGUUAUAAUUGGGCUUUUUUAUCUUCUUAUCAGUAGAACAGCUGAAGAGAGACUGGAAAUGUGUGGAGUCACGAGUGAAGGAAGACGUACUGCAACCACUGUGAUAAAAUCUGAAGUCUGUCUCUGGGCUGCGCAUAAACCAUGAACUCCCAAAAUAUUACAAUACCUGUGAUGGCUUCAUGGCCUGAUAAACAUUUAUUUCUCUCAACAGGUCAUUUUUCAAAACAGGAUUCUGAGUCAAUUAAAAAAAAACAGUUUUAGUUUUUCAGAUAAUGUGAACUCUUUAUUGUUGCUGUUCCCAUUUUUGCCUGACAUGGUUUUCCAAAUACUCAUUUUCAUUUCAUAAGGUGCUUAGUGAAAAGGUGACAAGUCAGGGCUGCAGGCAGACUAGUUUAACUCCCAGACUCUUCUACUGCAUGCCCAUGCUGUUCCAGUCUGUGCAGCAUGGGGUUUGUCUUUGUCUUGCUGACAUACUGAAGGUCUUUCCUAUCAGAGUGGCGGUACAUGUUGCUCCAAAACAUGUACAUACUGUUCAGCAGAAAAGUGCCUUUACACAUGUAACAUGUGAAAACUAACCAUGCCAUGAGCACUUAGGCAUCCACAUAUAACAUCCUCAAUGCUAGCUUUUGAUCUGGGGGCCUCUUUUCUUCAGAGCAUGGACCUAUGGGCCAAAAGGUCACAGUCAUCCACUUUAAGAUUUUUGGGUGAUCCUUUUUGUAAAGAGAUUUUGUGAGAUUAUCUGAAUCUUUUCACAUUCUUAGUCAUUUUAAUGUAGAGGAACAUGACUUUGGAAGAACUCAAUGAUUUGUUCGAUGGUCAUACAGUCUCUCUAAAAGUAAAAGUUACUCCUGAAACACUCGUCGUCAGAAUGGCCUUAAUACUCACUCAUGCUAUUAACCAAAUUAACCCAUUUAGUUGAGAAAUAUUCCUAUAUAUCAUCUAUCCUGUAUACAUUUCUCAUGAAACAAAACAAUUAUCCAGCUUCACUGUUGGAGUCCCUGCUGUAACUUUAUUUUCCAUUGAAUAUAAAUACAGAAUUGAAGAGUUCAAAACCCUCACACUUUGUAGUCAGAGACAAUUUUUAUAGGAAGUCCUGGAACUGGAGUCCCAGAAUUGUAACAAAGUACUUAUUCAUUGAUGAAGACUCAAAUGUUUAAGAUUUUAGUAAGAAGGACUUUAUUGAUCCCCAAAGGGAAAUUCAUCAUUUCAUAUUUUAUUCUAUUUAUAUCAUAAUAACUUUUAGAUUUUCAAUGUUCAUGAAAAUGAUAUCAAUCAAUAUCUGUGCCUCAGGUUCAAGGACACGAUUGUUAAUGCAAAAUAUGGUGGACACACCGAGGCAGUGCGACGGCUACUGGGCCAGCUGCCAAUAAGUGCCCAGUCCUACAGCAGCAGUCCUUACCUGGAUCUCUCCCUCUUCAGUUAUGAUGACAAGUGGGUGUCGGUGAUGGAGAGGCCAAAGACGUGUGGAGACCACCCCAUCAGGUACAGACUUGUGUCUUUGUUAUAGAUGAAUCUUUAGCAUCUCUAUUAAUGAUGUAUCAGAAUCACAUCGUCAAAAAAACUCCACAAACAAAAUCUCUAAACGGGUCAAGUUUUAUCCAUUGGAUCAUUUUGGAAGGAAAUGGCCCACAGUCAAUCUUUCCCUCACAUGGAUUUGAACUUUUGACAGAGUAGAUAAAACAAUUAAAGGUAGGGUAGGCAGGAUCUGAGGAAGUGCCAGUUUUGUGGCGAAAUCUUGAACGUAAACUCUACCCCUCCCAACCAGUUUUCCCCUCAGCUCCUCCUCUCCCCUCCCUCUCUGCUCCAGCAAGCCCCGCCCACAAACAGAUGCUCCUGCUCGCUCGUAUCGUUCCAAUUAAAUUCAAGAUAUAAUACAGAUAAAUACUUAAUAUGAUUACAAAUGAGGCCCAGUCAGUGUGAAAGUAAACAGCAUUGGGUGCUACUGUAGAUGCCGACAGACUACCAGCAAACACAAUGUUUGCAGGACUUCUACAACUAGGAUAAAGUGACAAACUCUAGGACCCAAGGGAAACAGUGUAGCGACGCUACAACAUGCAGCAGGUCCCAUUUGACAAGAAACACUUCUGUUACAGACACUUGGCUUACUUUGUGAAAGCGGUUUACCUGUCCAACAGAAAGGUUACAGGGUCCAUAAGAUCCGGGAGCGUCCCCCAUCGUUUAUGCUAGCUUCAUUGAUGUUGACCCAGCUUUUUAGCUCUUGUCCUGUCUACCUCCUUUUUCAGCGCUUGUUAUUCCACCAGAGUCUCCGGUUUUUACUCCCUCGUGCCUCACACCAUAAGGGAGUUUACAGUCAGCAAGAGCAGAGCGCUCUGAAAUUUUAAAAUGUUGACUUCUCAGACAUAACAAAACACAGCGAAACUGUGAUAUUCCCAAAUGUCAUCAAUAACUAAUAGCUAUUGACUGAUAUUAAAAACUUGUAUUAAAAGCACUGUAUAUACACCAAAAAAAAGAUGCUUCUUGAAUGGAUUCCUGCGUACCCCACCUUUAACAUAUUGGGCUCUAUUUUUAUGCCUCGCUGGAAAUGUUUCCGCAGGGGCGGAGUAAGUCAGGUCCACCGCGCCGACAAGGCGUUCCCAAGCACAAUUCGGUAUUUUGGUGAGCGGCACAGCCCGGUGUCAGUAUACCCCCUCCCUAACUUAGCUCCUCCCAGCGGCGUAAGUCGUAGCGAGGGAGGAGAGAGGGCGUGGAGUGGGUUUAACACAGCUGAGACCUGUAUUGACCAAUAACAUCAGCUCCUCUCCUCGCCUUUAAAUCCGCCACCGGCAAGGCAUAUUACAAUUUUCGUGAAGUAGUCAAAGAGAUCAAGAGAUGUCUUAAGACAGUAAUGCCACACGAUGGUGACAGAAGGCAGCUCCUCAACAAGUGUUGCUGUAAACGCUGCAGAGGGCGUCCUCCACACACUCUCAUAGAAGCACAGAUGGAUUUGGUGUGUGUAAUGUUGGACCCACUGGUAAGACAAACACCCUUUUCCACAAAUAAAGGCACUCACACAAAGUUGCACAUAUUUAAACCUCACGUGACAAAGGUGGGUUGUGUGUACAGAUCACAACAUAAAUUCCAAUAAUGGCAUUAAAACCGGAACCAUCUGUGCGUAAAGGACGCAUCGCACUCUGUGGCGUGGCUCUUUCUUUCAUAGAUGUUGGCAUAUAAAAUAAAUUUGGCUCACAAAACUGAAUAUUAUAAUAUUCGUAUGUAGGCUUAAAGUAAAUAACUCAUCUGAGCACUGAAACAAAUCAUCUGUUCAGCCGCCACAGCAGCAGCUGCAGCAGGACAGGGAGAGGACACGGAGACAUGUCCAGGCCGAGCUGCGCGAAAAAUAAAAAGGAGGAAGAAGAAGAAGAAAGAAACGGAGGGAGACGAAUUAAAUAUCUUGUUAACUUCAUCAUGUGCGUCUAUUCACUAGAUAUUUAAUUUAAUUUAAUUUGAUGCGGCUUCAGCUGUGUUGAUUCGGUCAGGAUGUGUGUGCAAACGCGUGCCAAACUUGCUCAUCAGAUCAGAUAUAGAUCAGAAUAUUUCUAUAUAGAUUCUUAAUGUAUGUGCUGACUCAGAUUAUUAGUUGUUGAUGAUUAUUUAUUGCACUGAAAUGUGCCUGACACUGUGGAAACCUGCCGGUGAGGCAUCAGUGACGUAUGCCGGUAUGCCACUGGUCUACCAAAAUACUACUAGACCAGCUGCGCUCCGCCUGCGCUGAAAGCUGACCAGGUUUGAAUUGGCGAGCUUUCAGCACACUUUAUACGCCACCGGCAAGCACGAAAAUGUCACUGCGCCAGCUGAUUCUUUCGACACCUCCCCCUGCCUCGCCACUACGCCCAGCUUGGCGGAUCUCAGUGCGCCUCAGUCUACAAAAAUUCCAAACUGGCUGUACGCCGGGCUCCACCAGACGAAAAUACCACUGCGCGGGGUCCGCCACCCUCCGCUGCCUCACCGGCGGACACGAAAAUAAAGCCCCUUGUGUCAAUGAUUAGUUAGCGACUGAAAAACUGCACGAAGUUUCGGCUCUGAAUGUAGUAGUUUGUCCACAGAAGGACAAAUCCUGUAUUUCCUGAAGUAGUUAUCAGGAAACAACAGACCAGACAAGGCUAACAUUUUAAAGAUCUCACUUUCUGUCUUUUCUUCUCAUCUCAAGGUUUUAUGCCCGGGACUCAGGCCUGUUGAAGUUUAAGAUCCAGGCAGGCCUAUUGGGACGGCCUGUAAAUCACGCUGUGCGCCGCCUGGUUGCUUUCACUUUCCACCCUUUUGAACCAUUUGCCAUCUCUGUACAGCGCACUAAUGCAGAGUACGUGGUCAACUUCCAUAUGAGGCACGUAUGUGCCUGAAUAGCUUCUACAGUGUGUAUGUGCGCAACUGGGACACUUAUUGAAGACCACAAGGCUGCUGUUAGCAGCUACCUAUGACAUAUCAACAAACCCUCCUCCUUUGGGAAACACUGAACAGUUUGAUCUGAUGGUCGCCCUCUCGCCUAAUGGGACCACAAUUCCUGUCUCUAUAUUUUACCCCUUGUGGAACCAGUGGACUCUUCUCCCUUUCAUACACAGUUGUCAAUCUACUCCUACUUCUCUGAGAGAGGACAGUAAUUCUGCCUCUUCUCUUCUUUUGCACUGCCUCACCUUUUCUUCCCCUUUCCUCUGCAGAGCAAAGAAGGACCUAUGGGGAGGAGAGGCUAGAAUAAGUGUGAACAGAGAUGUAGACAGUGACUGAUUAGCAGAGGUGGUAAAAACCAAAGCUGUUUUUGUUUCUUGCCAUGAUCUACGCAUUCACUCCUGAAUAUCUUAUCAAACAUGUUAGAUUUGAUGUCAUAUUUUUUUUCCAUAUGGGGAAGGAGGUAAUUUUUAUAUUUUGUUUUUACCCUUUUUCACAUCUGAUAUUGCUUGUGUAUAUUUAUGCCAAUAAAAUUGACCAAAUUUA